CAUACAAUAUGCCAGAGUAGGGACUUCAGUACUUGUCAGUGCCGUCCACCAAAUCCAGGCAGUGUAGUCAAUGGUGUCACUCAUAGUAUCAGUUGAGGAGGAAAAAAAUCAUCAAUCAGUCGAGCUUGUAGUGUUUUCAUAAUAACCAUAUUUUAAUCGUGUAACAUUUUGUUGUAGUUCGAAAGUACAUUUUCUUAAAAGUUAUCUAUAACAUUAUAGGUGCCAGGCAGUACUGGUCUACCAUGUAUAUCUCCAACGGCAUUCCAAGUGUGUGUUCUUUGCAGGUUAGAGGAGAUUUCUCUGUCUCGUGAUUUCUUGGAAUCAUCUGGAUUCAUAUUUCAACAUUUUCAUGAUUGUCCUGCAACUUGCAACUUGUUCUUGACGGGAUGUUGUGUUGAAAUUGUUGGCUGGAGAGAUGAAUCAGCUUUCAUGAUGAAGAGGUUUUGGGAACAGUAACGUGAUUGGAUAAGCUUAAACAAUGGACUUUGACUUACUCUAUGAUAUUGAGCCAAUAUAUAGCGAUGAUGCAAAAUUCUCAUCAGCUAUAAGUUUGGCCCUGGAGGAAGAAGCAGUGGAUCAGGGUGGUGUCGACAAUGGAGCCCUUGAGUUAUUUGCUGAGUAUAUGAACACACAGGAUCCCAACUCAUUGUUAUUCCCAGAUGAUGUGAUCUCCUCUGGCUUAGGUAGUUCACCAGCCAGCCACAAGGUAGCGCCGCCAGACUAUCCCACCAGUGUAUUCCAACAACAUGGAGAUAGCGACAUAAACAACCGUGGAAGUCAUGCCAUGCAAUAUAGAAACCAAGCGUUUAUUUCUCCGUCCUUGCCUGAUAGUCCACCGGAUACAGACUCCUCCUCAGAACCGUAUUCUCCUCCAUCAGACCACUCCAAGUCAGUUCCAGACACAGGCCAGAUGAAUGGUCACGGAAACCUCCCCUCUGUGGUGACGAACAUCAACAAUGGUUUCCAUGACGACUACAUGCCCAACCAACAACAACAUGGAAAUCACUUGGCCAAGCAGAUCUUGACCGCCAGUCAGAGUCUGCCCCCAGGUUACGGCAGUAGCGAGAUGUUUCCACUGCAAGCCCCUUCACCUCAUGAGAUUCCGUCACCACAACAAACACCGAUGCGAGUUUCACCAAACUCUAGCCAGAUGUCACCACAUCCGUCACAGAGUCGACGCAAUAAGACGAAGGCACCGCAACCAGGACAGGCACCUCAGAUAAAUACUCGAAUGUUGCCAGGGGCAACAGCACACUCAGGGGAAUCAUUCAAAAACAGCCAUCUGCACAAAAAACGCAAACAUUCAAUAUCACCACAAGCAUCGGUCAAUCCGGCUUCACUGAAUGUGACGAAUUUGGCGGACCUUUUGAAGAAAGAGCCUAUCAAACAGGAGCCUGGGACACUCCCGUCGUGUGGCGAUGAGACACUGGCACUGCAGGAGAUGUUAGAUCUUCAGAGCGAGUUGGGACAUCUCGAUGUGAACUAUCAAUUGAUCAAAUUCCAGCCGUUUCAUCAUAUGAAGUAUAUGACACUUCUGGAUGGAAAUCUGUCAGAAUUGCCAGCACCAGUGUACCAUGUGUCCGCUGACAAAGGAUUUAACUUCUCCACAGUGGAUGAAUCGUUUGUCUGCCAGAAGAAGAAUCAUUUCCAAGUGACUGUCAGCAUUCAGGUCUCCGGUGAACCACAGUUUGUGCAGACGCCAGACGGUUGCAUGAAAAUUGAUAAUUUCUACGUCCAUUUUCACGGAAUCAAAGCUGACUCGCCAUCUUCAAAAAUAAAAGUAGAACAGUCGCAAGCCGACCGAAGUAAGAAGCCAUUUUAUCCCGUCCUGGUGGACCUACCUGCUGACCAGGUCACAAAAGUAACUGUUGGACGGUUACACUUCAGUGAGACGACGACAAACAAUAUGCGGAAGAAAGGUAAACCGAAUCCUGAUCAACGGUACUUCAUGCUGGCCGUGGAGCUACGUGCGCACUGUGGCGACACCAAUCAUCUUAUAUCAUCAAUGGUUUCGGAGAAGAUAAUCGUCAGGGCGUCGAACCCGGGACAGUUUGACAGCGAUAUGGAGUACCCAUGGCAGAAGGGCCAGAAUGGAGAUGUCGUCUAUCGUAUGGGCCGUGUUGGCAUCAACACAGACAACCCAGAAGAAGCAUUGGCUGUCCAUGGAAAUAUCAAAAUGACGGGACAUCUCGUGCAGCCAUCAGAUAUCAGAGCAAAGGAAAAUAUCACUGAGAUGGACUCAAGGGAGCAGUUGGAGCAUGUUCAGAGAAUGAAGAUAUACAAGUAUUUAUAUAACAGGGAUUAUGCUGAACAAGCAGGUCUGUCAGAGGAUGAGUUGGAAGACACUGGUGUUCUUGCCCAGGAGUUGAGAGAGGUUCUCCCUGAUGCUGUGACAGAAACAGGAGAUGUCAUACUCUCAAACGGAGACACGAUUGAAAAAUUCUUAGUGGUGAAUAAGGAUCGAAUCUACAUGGAAAACGUUGGUGCAGUGAAGGAGUUGUGUAAACUGACCGACAACCUUGAGAAUAGGAUUGACGAGUUGGAACGGGUCAAUAAGAAGUUGUCCAAGCUGAAGAGGUUAGAUAGCUUGAAGUCAACUGGUAGUGGGAAGUCAUUCUCUAGUAGUAUAACUAUGGGAAGUCGCUACCUACCAUCAAAAGAGUCUGUGAAGCAACGUCACCGACCCACACCCCCACCACCAGAAGAUGGUAUCUGCAGUAACCGGUUCAUACAGAUUGCCAUUAUCGUCCUUGUUCUUGUCAUGGCAUUUUGUCUCAUUGCCAUGGUAACCCUUUACAUCCUUGAGAAAAAUGAGGGAAGUGGUUCAAUGGCUACCAUUUCUGCCACCUCCGGACCUGUGAUAAUCGGGACGACACCUCGAGUUUCAGCCGUACCCUCGACAACCACCAAAACAGCUGGAGUUGCUACAGCUGCCGAUGGCAAGCCAUUCAUAACUCAACAAACUGCUCCAACUGAAUAUAUUCCGGUGCCUGCGUCCAAGGCAACCACUUCAGCACCUACGAUACCAUCCCUUGUGCCAGUCACAGCCAGACCGGUGCCAGUCGAGCUCACCCCUAAACGUUGCCUUACUAAUGAGUGCGAAAAAAUGUGCUGCAGAAGCAUUGGAAACACUGAAGGAAAAAUGCCUUAUUACUAUCCGACGAGUGCAGAUAGGAAAAACAAUACUUUUAUGCCAGAAAUUGUACAUGGUGAAGAUGCAAUGCGUGUCCGAAUUGAUAAUUACGAACAGCCAAUUCAGUUUGAAAAUCCAGCAAGAAAGAAAAAGCCUCCAAGACCACCUCGACUUCCUAGCAGUUUGACAAAACCUCCACCGCAUCCAUUGAUUAACAACAAUGGCCAUUUGAAUGUUCCACCUGGCAAUAAUCAUAGCAACAUCAGCAUAAAACAUAACGUGAUAUUCAGAAGAAAACGGAGGCGCAGGGGAGCUAAAGAAGGGGAAUAUGACAUUAAAACUAUCACAAUCAAAGGAAACAAUCAAUGGGAUGAUUUUCCGAUCGAUAGAAAAUAUUGCACAGACAAAUGCAAUAACGGAAACUACUCCUAUUCCGUCAGAGUUAGCCAGUAUGUACCAGUUGAGAAACUCGAGGUCGAAUUCACGACGCCGCUGGCGCUGAUGAUAACUUUCUGCGGGCAUGGAUCUGGCAAGCAGAUUGAUUGUAGUUCAACUGAGCCUGCUCCUGAUGUGGAAGAAACGGCCACGAUGGGCCCUAUUCAUAAAUGGAAUCUUCCCAUAGGUUAUGCAUUCCAUAUUUGGUUCAAAUUCCGUGUCGCUGAUAAAAAUGCGCAAGAUGAUGUAUGCUCCAAGCCUGUGAGUGAGGUGGGAGUCACAUACACUGAAUAUACAUUUAAGUUCUUCCGGGACGAUUGCAAAGUAAAACCCCAGAGCUGAGAGAGUUCUAAAGAUUUCUAAGUUUCCGUAUGGGUGUAUAUAAACUUUCAUGAAAACAUAUAAAUGGAUAUGUUGGUUUUACUGCUGUAAAUUGCUGGUUUGUCUGUGUAGGUGAUGUGUAUCACUGCAGCUGGCUGCUGAUGCCAAUUAUGACUUUACAAUUUUGUAUUAGUGAACACAAUGCAGAUUAUUUCUUGACUGAAAGCUGUGCAUGCUGACACAGUUUUUGCUUUUGAGCAAUUUGAUGGUAAGACUAUGGAUCGGAGAGAAGUGAAACCGGAGCUGGUUCCAUUGGGCUGGCCAACUUUGUGAUGACUGUAUGGACGAUACAUUUGUGCAGUCCGUUUAAAACUCCUGUCGUCAGUGACCAGUACAGAGUAGUGGAUGACUUGACAGAGGUGUAGAUAUUCUGUUAGAUGGGCCUAAACCGCUGUCAAAGUUUACUGCAUGAAUUCAGAAAUAUGAUAAAGAUUUCAUGUUGGUUAUUGAUCUAAAGACGUUUAUAUGGAGAAAUGUGGGACAUCUCUUGUGGUAUUAUGGAUGAAUAUAGUAUUUUGAGGUGGAUCAUGAGCAUGUUGACUGAUAUUCAAAGUGCUUUAAAUCUCCUGAAAAUUGAGUGAACUAAUGGUGACUUCUAUUUGAAUAAGACGGAGAGCAAUAUUGGAAAGGUCACUUUGUAAUUAUAUUAGGCAGCUCGAACAAAACAAUAUCAUGUAGAUAGAUCAUUAAUGGUUAAUUUGCUAUAAUAAAGAUAAGGUACAGAUGUGCAUUGAGACUGUGUAAUGUAUAAUGUAUAGAAGUAACAUGUUUUGUAUUGGGUUUUUUUAUGGACAUAUCUUUUUCGACGAGCCUCAUUGUAUAUAAAAUUUCAUUGUCUUUGCUCUUUAACAUUUCUGAUAAUCCUGAAAGGAAUUUACACCAGAAACACUCAUAUCACUUUAACAAGUUUAUGACAUGGUCACAAAGUUCCUAGCAGGAGUCCAAGGCCAGGUUGUUUAAGGGGUGUAUUCAAAUACUGGUCAACUCUUUCGUACAAUUUUGAUUGUACUCCUUCAUCUAUGCAUGUUUGAAUGAUUUUUCUUAAACUCUUGACAACGAGCUAUUGUGAUUCGGCAAUAAUCAGCUGUUUUAAAAUUUUGUAUAAAAAGUUACAUUUUCAAAUUAUUUUUACCGUAACUGUGGUAUUACAUUUUAGCUAUGUUAUGUAUCUUUGUAGCUAUAAUGGAACAAUAAAACAAUGGAUAAAUAUGAAAUGACACAGUCAAUAAGGGUGAAAUUUGACUUUGAGAUAUUUCUAAUGUCGAUGUUUUCUAUAUUUGUUGGAUUCAUCCAACUGGGGAAUGUAAAAUAACCAAUAGAAGCCUUGCAGUGACGUCAUUUGGACAUCCAUAUCUGACAUCAGUCAGUGUCCUUGACCUUGCUGGCAAAAAAGUGCACCACCCGGAAGAAUGAAGGACAUUUUACGUUAAAAAAGGUAUCUAUCUCUGUGAUGACGUCAUUUGCAAGGCCUCUGUUGGAAAAAUAUUCAGGUGACAGAAUGAAUGGGACCAAUGCUAAUUCCAGUGAAUGUGCUUUUAAGCAAUAUUUUCAUCAUGUCUAUUUUUAGAUUUGUUUUGAUGUGCAUGUUAGAUUAUAUGAACAUAUUUUAAGAUUUUAUAUGAAAUACUGAGGACCAAAACACUUAACAGAAUUCAAGCAAUUUUAGUGUUUAGAUUCUAUUGCCAAUUUGAUAAAGAAUAUUUGAUAUAGUUUUCUGCUCACAUUGCAUGUUAAUAAAGACUACAGGAAUUUUACUCAUA